AUGGUCCAGCGCGAACGAUUUUCCAACGAGCUACGAAAGCUAGCCGCGACCCACGAUUCCAGCGAAUCAGUCCGACCGCGUCGAACAGGGACUCCUUUUGACCAAUUACAUCCCUUCAUUGACGACAAGGGAAUUCUACGGGUAGGUGGACGCCUCACCCAGUCGGAAAUUCCGUUUAAUCGGAAACACCCCACUUUACUACCAAGUAAACAUCUCGUCACUGAUAUGCUCAUUCGCCGAGUUCAUCAGUCAAACUACCACGCCGGGAUUCAGACUACCCUGUAUGUCCUUCCAUCCAAAUAUUGGAUUCUCAAUGGCAAGGAUCAAAUCAGGAAAAUUGUUCAUUCCUGCCUUGAAUGUAUCCGCCAGAGACCAAAAUUUGCCCAUGCUCAGAUGGCAGAUCCCCCAAAAUUUCGUGUUAACGAAGCCCCAGCAUUCGCGAAAACAGGCGUCGACUUCUUCGGGCCAAUUCUCAUCAAAGAGAAGAAGGACCGCAAUCGAUCUUUUUUGAAGGCAUACGGAUGCGUUUUUAUAUGUAUGGUGUCGAAGGCAGUUCAUAUCGAACUCGCCAUCGACCUUUCGACAGAAGGCUUUCCUGCGGCCUUCCGUAGGUUCGUUAGUAGAAGAGGAGUUCCGGAACACAUGUACUCCGAUAACGGCACCAACUUCGUCGGGGGGAACCGAGAACUCGACGAAUUAUACAAUCUGAUCUCGAGUCCGGAUUUCGAAGGCACUGUGGGCGCGUACGCGACAUCUAAACGCAUCCGUUGGCAUUUCAAUCCACCAUUAUCUCUCCAUUUCGGCGGGAUUUGGGAAGCAGCCAAUUCCCGACCGUUGUGUGCUCUUUCGGCUGACCCCAAUGAUCCCAUAGCUAUAACCCCAGCACAUUUACUUAUUGGUCGUCCAUUCAAUCAAUUACCCGAAAGAUCUUUUUCCUCAGUUGCAGUUAAUCGCUUGUCCAUUUAUAAUUUCAUCACCAAGGCCAAACAGGACUUUUGGAAUAAAUGGCACAAUGAGUAUCUGCACGAACUGCAAACUCGUCACAAGUGGCAGGAUUCCACAGCUGAGCUCAAGGUGGGGUCAGUAGUGCUUUUGAUGGACGAUCUCCUCACUUGUGCUCGAUGGCCGCUGGGAGUCAUCACUGAGGUGUUUCCUGGCAGUGAUGGAACCGCUCGGGUGGCAACCAUCAGAACCACAAAUGGAACAUUCAAGCGCAACAUCACCAGAUUGUGCAUGUUGCCAAUGACUUAG